AUUCAGCGGCGUCCAGUCCUGCCCCAAGCCAGCAUGACCGAGGUGAAGGCCAAGGAGCCCCGAGCGCCUCCGGCUGCCAGAGACGGGGCGGUCCUGCUGCAGGGCCAGUCCGGCAGAAACACUUUUCGCAGGGAAACGGAGGCCAUCGACAUCGCCCUGGACAGACUGCUUUACCCCAAGAGCAGCGACGAGGAGGAAGACGAGGAGGAGGAAGAGGAAGAGCUGCAGCAGCAGCCGGGGGAGGAGGAGGACCGGGACUCUCUCCCCUACGGGCCGGGGAGCGGGCCCCUCUCGGACAAGGACUCCCUGGACACGGUUCUGGACACCUUCUUGGCGCCAGCCGCUCAUGCUGGCUCCGCCGCGGCUCCCUGGUCCUUCUUCGGGGCGGAGACCGGGGAGUCGCCCGACGCCCCGUUGUGCCGCGGUCCCUCACAGAAGGCGGCCGAAGCAGUCCCGGAGGCUCCGGGACCCUCGCAGCCCCCGUCGCGGCCCGUCCCGCUCUGGCCGGCCGGCGACACUCUGACCGCUGCCUCUAAACCGGCGGGGGCCGGCGCGGAGGGUCCAGCGUCGGCUUCCAAAGGCGAAGCCCCGGGGUUGGCGGCGGUGCCCGGCGGUUCCCGGGCGGGUGAGCCGGGGCAGGAGUACCUGCACGUGCCCCUGCUGCCGCUCAACUCGGCCUACCUGGCCUCGCGCACGCGGCAGCUGCUGGACGUGGCCGAGUACGAGGGCGGCGGCGGCGGCACCACGGGGCCGCGUUCCUCACCCUCCGGCCCGGACCUGGCGGGAUACGGCUACCCGGCGGCGGAGGGCAAGGAGGGGCACUUCGCUUACGGCGAUUUCCCGCCCGCUCUGAAGAUCAAGGAGGAGGGUCUCGGCCUGACCGCCCCUUACCCAGGCGGCAGGGGCACCCCCGCGGCGGGCUGUGCCGAGUACCCUCAGCCCCCACGGGCCGGGCAAGAGUCCUCGUUGGAGUGUGUCCUCUACAAGACGGAGCCCGCCCUCCUGCCCGGGGCCUACGGGCCGACGGCGGCGGCGCCCGACAGCCUGCCCUCCACCUCGACCGCGCCGCCGGGCCUCUACCCGCCCCUAGGUCUCAACGGGCACCAGCCCCUGGGCUUCCCGGCGGCGGUGCUGAAGGAGGGCUUGCCGCAGCUGUGCCCGCCAUACCUCGGCUACGCUCGGUCAGAUGCAGAAACCAGCCAGAGUUCUCAGUACGGGUUUGAAUCGCUACCCCAGAAGAUUUGUCUCAUCUGUGGUGAUGAGGCUUCUGGUUGCCACUAUGGAGUACUUACCUGUGGAAGUUGUAAAGUCUUCUUUAAAAGGGCAAUGGAAGGGCAGCACAACUAUUUGUGUGCUGGAAGAAAUGACUGCAUAGUUGAUAAAAUUCGUAGGAAGAACUGUCCAGCGUGUCGGCUGAGGAAGUGCUGUCAAGCUGGCAUGGUCCUGGGAGGUCGAAAAUUUAAAAAGUUUAACAAAAUGAAGAUUGUGAGAACAUUAGAUGUUGCACUCCAGCAGCCAACAACUCUUCAAGAUGAAAGCCAAUCUCUAACCCAAAGGCUGUCCUUUUCUCCAAAUCAAGAAAUACAGUUUGUUCCCCCAAUGAUAAGUGUUCUACGAGGCAUUGAGCCAGAAGUUGUCUAUGCUGGUUAUGACAAUACAAAACCUGAAACACCAAGUUCCUUGCUGACCAGUCUAAAUCAUCUUUGUGAGAGGCAGCUUCUUUGUGUAGUCAAGUGGUCUAAAUUGCUACCAGGUUUUCGGAAUUUACAUAUUGAUGAUCAGAUAACCCUCAUCCAGUAUUCCUGGAUGAGUCUAAUGGUUUUUGCAAUGGGAUGGAGAUCAUACAAACAUGUCAGUGGUCAGAUGUUGUAUUUUGCACCAGAUCUCAUUCUAAAUGAACAGAGGAUGAAAGAAUCAUCGUUCUAUUCCCUGUGUCUAUCCAUGUGGCAACUCCCACAGGAAUUUGUCAGGCUUCAGGUUAGCCAAGAAGAGUUCCUGUGUAUGAAAGCACUGUUGCUUCUCAACACAAUUCCUUUGGAAGGUCUAAGAAGUCAAAGCCAAUUUGAUGAGAUGAGAACGAGUUACAUCAGAGAACUGGUGAAGGCGAUUGGGUUGCGCCAGAAGGGCGUUGUGGCCAACUCGCAACGUUUCUAUCAGCUUACCAAACUUAUGGAUUCCAUGCAUGAUCUAGUGAAACAGCUCCAUCUCUUCUGUCUGAACACAUUUCUCCAGUCCCGUGCACUGAGUGUUGAAUUCCCUGAGAUGAUGUCAGAGGUGAUUGCUGCCCAGCUACCCAAGAUUCUGGCAGGGAUGGUGAAACCUCUUCUCUUUCACAAAAAGUGAAAUGUCUUUUCUCUUAUCAUAGAGAUGAUUUCUGGUUCAUUUUUUGUUUGUUUAUUUUGGUCAAGAUUUUGCAAUGUCAGGACUUCAGUAUAUUUGUCAUACUUACCCUGCCUACUGCUUUAUACUUGUAACAUAAAGAAGCCAUUGAAGCUUGAUGUACAUAUUGUGAGUUCCUGAUUCCUUAUCUGCAAAAAUCACAACAGUCAUAAGAAAUGUUUUGUAAACUUGGCUAGGUUGCUUUUUAGAUCUGCAUAAGAAUGACAAUUACUAGAGUUUUCAGAUUUCCAAGAACAGUUAUCUUAUACAUUUUUCUUACAUAUUACAUGCUCUAAAAUUGCUGAUACAACAUGGUGUAAACUUGUUACUUUAGUACAUGGUGUGGAUGGGUACAUGUAAGCAUGUGCAUAAUAGAAGAUUUUUUAGGAAUUAAAGUAAAUACCCACAUUUUCUCACAGAUACUUCACUUUCUAGUAACUAAUCUGUGUCACAGACCUACCCUUCCAAAGUCAGUGUCCAGAAUUAAGUAUCUGUUGAUGCAGUACCUUCAUGACUAACUCAAGUUCUAGCCACAAAAUAUACAUUUGUAUUCUUCUCUGUGCUCAUACUGCAUUGGAACUUUGAGUUUCAUGUACUGUUUCCUGCCCCAUUCAGUGCAGCCCUCCUGCAAAAAAUGGGAAAGCUUAGGAAAAGUUUUGUAUAUAUUACACCAGAAGUAAUGUGUUUGCAAACCCACUCAGCUUUAGUUUUUGUUAUUUUCCAUAAAAGUUUGGCACUUAUUAAAGCUAAAUCACUUAGCUAGCAUAAAUUCAUCAACUUUACAAUUCUGUAUUUCCGAGCUUUAAAUAGAGAUGUUUUCACUGACUUAAUGUUUUGGAUUCCAGUGCUGAAUACUCAUCAGCCACUAACAUCAAAAUAGAUCAAGAUUAAAUGCAAAAAGAAAUGGAAAAUAUGACUACAAACAUUUUGAUACAGAUCAGGCAUAUUUCAGUACUACUUAGUGGAGCCACAUAUUUUAUAUUUUAAAGGGAUGCCAUUUCAGCUGGGGUAACCAGCUGUAAAAGAGGAGCUGGACUGAAUAAGCUUUACACAUUGAAGAAGACUUAAGAAAUUAUAAUGUGGUGAUGUUUGUUCCCUUGUUAUAGAGAUGGAGCAACUCGUGCUUUUAAGCCAGUAAACUUGAUAUAUUAAAACAGAGAAAUGCCCACAAAGAAUGUAUUAAUUUUGCCAGUCACUAAAAAUGAUACACAAAUUCUCUAACAAUGUAGAAAAUGUUGAGUCUUACUUGGGUACCUGUUGGCCAUAUGCUUUUGAUCUUCACUAUUACAUGUUGGGUGCAUCCAUUGUGUGAUAGCAAUGUUGAUGGUGUGUAACUUGGUCUGUGUUCUUGUCACGUGAACAGUGGCUCACUGGACCAAAGUUCAGUAUCCCUGAUCAAAUCAGUGUUCCUUAUUAAAGUAUAAAUUAUUUUACUUGUCUGUAAAAUUUAAGUCCUGAUUCUUGAAAAAAGUGUGGACAACAACUAGAUCCAAAGGUCUACUACUAUUUUUCAUUUCCUAAAGCAAAUCAAGAAGAAAAUAUGUAACUACUGGGGAUAAAACCAGGAUGCAGCCCUGGAUAAAAUGCUACAGCAAACUUUUGUGUUGAUUGACCAGGUUUGUCAUUUCUAACUGCCCAGAGCCAAGCGAUUUCUUUCAUAUUCAAUACAGUCUGACUCUAAACUGUGAUCCUUAAAGCAAUUGUGUUUUAAUAAAUAACA